CCCAAGGACGGCAGCAGCUCUUGGUGUGGGAGGAGCCAGCGGCGUGUUUCCGCUCAGAACAGGCCGACAGAGGUGAUCUACGCAGCCGUGCGGAGAAAUUACCGAAGAGUGGCGGAACAGUACCGAGGGGACACUGUUACUGAACACGAUUUGUCUAAUCACCGGGGAGCCGCGCGGUUUGUCCACAUCGGGGUGGGUGGAAAGAAGAAGAGGAAGAAGAGGAAGAAGAAGGAGUGGCAGCUGGACUGUCAGCAAUGGAAGCCGAGUUUCGGGAAAUCGAUGAAAACGGGAGCUGGAGCAGCGUUUACCAGGAGAUUCGUCAGCAGUCGUGUGAACUCCCCUGCAAGGUCGCCAAAUUACCCGAAAACAAGAAUCGGAAUCGUUACAGAGACGUUAGCCCAUUUGACCACAGCAGAAUAUGUCUGCAGCUGGGUACGAACAACUACAUCAACGCCAGCCUAAUAACAGUAGAGGAGGCACAGAGGAACUAUAUCCUCACUCAGGGACCCCUUCCAAAUACAUGUGGCCACUUCUGGGAGAUGGUGUGGGAGCAGAGGACCCGCGGUGUGGUGAUGCUGAACCGAGUCAUAGAGAAAGGAUCUGUUAAAUGUGCCCAAUACUGGCCACAGAGGGAGGAGAGAGAUGCCAUCUUUGAAGAUACCAACUUCAAACUCACCCUCAUCUCCGAAGACAUCAAAUCUUACUACACAGUCCGUCAGCUGGAGUUGGAAAAUCUGUCUACUCAAGAGACUCGUGAGAUUUUACAUUUUCACUACACCACCUGGCCUGACUUUGGGGUACCAGAAUCUCCCGCCUCGUUCCUUAACUUCCUGUUCAAGGUGCGAGAGUCCGGGUGUCUGAAUUCAGACCAGGGACCAGUGGUGGUUCACUGCAGCGCCGGCAUUGGUCGCUCUGGGACGUUUUGUCUCGUGGACACCUGCCUCUUAUUGAUGUCCAUCCGUAAGGACCCGUCUUCAGUGCGUAUUCGUGACGUGCUGCUGGAGAUGCGACGCUAUCGAAUGGGUUUGAUUCAAACAGCAGAUCAACUUCGCUUCUCUUACCUUGCUGUCAAUGAAGGUGCCAAGUACAUCAAGGGAGAUACGUCUCUGCAGGAGUCAUGGAAGGAGCUCUCGAACGAGGAAGACGAUCCUCCAGAGUUCACCCCUCCUCCUCCCCUCCCUCCUCCCAGAGAUCCUCACAAUGGCAAAGUUGAGCCAACGUUUUUCCCUGAAAAUGAUGAGAUUGUUCAACACUUGGAGAUCCGGAAUCUGGGGUCCUCACAAGAGCCGGAGCUGAGAAAGCGAACCGUUGCCAUCCCUCAGCCUCGUUCUGACGAUGACAAUCAGCUCGAUGGUCAUGUUGGAAUCCAAGACCUCACCUCCAAAGCUCCAACCAAACCCCAGCAGCAUGAGGCCGAGGAGCAGGAGUCAUCUGAGGCGGCGGAGCAGCCAAAUGAAAGCUCUCCUGUGCCGGGGACUUGGUCCCCUCUACUAGCCAACGUGUGCCUGUGCACAGCGCUGGCUCUCAGUGCUUACGUCUGUUAUCGAGCCUAUUUCCACUGAUGUCUGUCCCGUUCCUUCUCCCUUUCGUUCCUCGCUGUCUCUCCACUGAUUUUGCAAAGUGGACUACGCUGGCCAAUCAGCCUGCUUUGACUCCCGGGGGUUUACUCUGCGAGAGAGUGAGUGGAUUUAUUUGGACUUCAGCAGAUUCAGGUUCACUCGUUUCAUUUUACAAAUGCAGCGCGAGGGGGUUGGCUGCCGCUCCUCGUUACCCCACCCAAACAUUCUUUCAGUACGUCAUCUUGGAUGCUCAGGGCCUCAGUUUUUCAGGUGUCACAUCCCAAAUACGUGUGCCGACUUAAACACAGACUCAACAAUAUCACAGUACAUAUCGCGGUCAGUAGAGGGAAAAGGAUUGUUUUUAGCUUCCCCUGAACCAGGAUGAAUGGCCUAUCAGCCCAUUUUACAUGUGUCUCCUCACUUUCUUCACCAAAUGACACAUCGUAUGAGUUCUUCCAUUUCAUCCUUUUACUAAUGUGUCCGUUAGAAUUUCACAUUUUCUUUCUUUUGCUUACAUCUUUGACCAGCCUGUCUGAGAAUAUGCCAGUAGGGGAGACAGUUUUUUUUUUGUUGUUCUUUUGUUUUGGGUCAAUAUUAAACCCAACAGUAAGGUGAAGUAUGUGAAAGUAGGAGAGAAGCAAUCCUGUGCCCACUAGAUAAGAGAUGCAUGCUGUGGGGUGGGCACUGUGUUGUUAUCUGUCCUCACUCGUGGCGUGUGUGUGUGCGGCUGCAGGAGGCAUGCUGGUUGAGUCCAUAUAGUAUGUGUGUGGGGUUUUUUUUUUUUUUUGUGUGUGUGUGUGUGUGUGUGUGUGUGUGUGUGUGUGCGCAUACAUUUGUGCGAGUGAUCUGUUAUCUGAGCUUUCUACUGAUGCUUUACUCAGUGAGAAAUAUUAAUAUAACAUUUACAGUACGGUAAAUGUUAGAUAUGACUGAUUUCCUCCACGAUCCCCCUGCGUUUUCUUUCCCCUACGUGGUUCAACAGUGACACAGAAAAGUUUUUUUUUUUAAACUAAAAUGGUGCAGGAACAGGGUGACAUGUGACUCUGUCAGUUUGUGUGGCAGUCUCAAAUAAUAUUGACAUAUUGAGAUGUUUUUUUAAAGGUUGUAACACCCUGAUUUUGCUUGUUUGGGACUCACAGUGGAUUUUAAAAAAUGUGUGGAGAAUGUGUAACCUUAACCUGAAAGCAGCUGAUACGCAUUGUAAAUGUAAUUGAAUGUGUGUUUGGCCAGCUCAACGAAUGGAGACGCAAAGUAGCUAACACCCAACUCUUUUUCGCCAGCAAUACAAAUACUCAAUAAUGUGUCACCCUUUACUUAAACAAACUCUUUUGAGUUUCACAGGUAACCAAGGAUUUUGAACAAACCAAAAAAUCAAACACCAGCACAGGGAUGGAAACAAUACACUGUAGUAAUGAUCCGUUGUAUCAUGGUGUGGCCCGGAGCUGGCAAUGUUCUUUUGUAUGAUUAUGUUUUGUUUUUUAGCAUGCUGCAUUUGUGAAUCAACAGGUUUGUCCUAAGAAGAGAUUAGUUAAGCUGCUAGCAUUCAGUUUACCUUUGUGACUCGACAACAUUCAGUACUUGAGUCCGACAGCUGUACCUUCCUUUUAGAAUGUAUAAACGUCCUAUCCAAGGACACACCCUUAUUAGAUAAAUAUAUAUUUUUUUUCAAAUCAGGUUUCAGUGUGCUGAUUUUUUUUUUCUGCUUUAGCGAGGGAUUAAAUCUCAGCACCUGUGCAGCCAUUGCACCAGGUUUUCCUGUUUUCUAUACUUAUGCUGAGCUCAAAAACAUGUAUUUUUUUAUUUACAUUUGUUGUUUUCCUUUUUAAAUAAACAAAAAGUCUACUGUU